AUGGCGCCGGAGGCGAUCGUGCAGCUGGUCGACGGCGGCGAGGAGGAGGAGGCGCAGCGCAAGGUGGUGGUGGUGCAGCAGCACCUGGACGACAACAUCAUGUCCACGAUCCUGUCCAAGCUGCCGUCGGAGCCCGCACACCGCUUCGCCGUCGUCUCCAAGUCGUCGGGCGCGCUGCUCAGGCAGCCGGCCUUCCUCCAGAACCACCUCUCCUCACGUCGUUCGCUGGUGCAGCUGCUCAAAGAUGACGAACUCCCCUCCAUGGUCGCCAUCCAGCCCAAGGACCACCAGCGGCCCGGCGGCUACGUCCACCUCACCAUCGUCAACAACGCCAACCCGACCAACCCUGUCUCGCUCCACCUCCCCGUCCAUCACGCGUACCAGCACCUCAUCGCUGAGCAUGCGCCGGCCGCGUCACCGGCGGAGGGAGAGCUCGCCACCUUCCUCAUGCGGACGAUCCCCAAGCUCGACGCCUCUUUCGUCGCCUCGGACGGCCCCAUGCUGCUGGCGCGGAACCCAACGCGCUCCUACUUCGUCUGCUACCCGGCCGCCAACCGCUGGAUCGCGCUCCCGCCGCCUCCCGCCGGCGAUACGGUGGCCGCCGGCUUCCGCUACGUCGUCGUCGACGCGGCGUCCGGGACCAUCUCCUUCAUGGUCGUGCUUGUCGCCCCUGAUCACGUGGCGACGUUCUCGUCCAAGACCGGCGAGUGGGGGGUGAAGGAGCACGGCGCGCACGAGGACGUGAUGGCGUUCGGUGCUUGGGGUCCGGGCAUCCGCGCCGGGAACAGCAUCUACUGGCAGAGCGCCGCGGGUGACGCCCGCGCGCGCGUUCUCUGCUUCGAUGUGGCCCGCGGCGGCCGCGUGUCGGCGUUCCGCGAACCGCCGCUGGCAGAUGGGGGCACGAAGCGCGUGGGGAGGUCUCUGGGAUCGGCCAGCGGGCGGCUCCGGCUGUGCGCCUUCGACGUCCGCGACAACGAUCCGGGCAACGUCCAGCUGCACGCCGUCGAAGGAGUGCACGGCGUGUUUUUCCUGGACGACGGCGACGCGGGUACAUGGCGUCGCGCGCACGAGGUGGUGGUCCGCGAUGACAUUUCGGUCACUUUCUUCGGUGUGCCUCACGGCGCCGAGGUUCCAGUCGACUUCACCGGUGCCAGCGGCUCCUCCAUCAUCGUCAACAAGAACCAGGUGCUGUUCCGCCGCGAUCUCGAGGGCGGCAACAAGGUGAGGCUGUUCGACCUCAACAAGCAGUAUGACCCCCGCAUGGCAAGGCUUUACAACAACUUGGACAUGUUCCCGUUGUUCUAG